GAUACCAAAAAUAAAAAAACAAUCGCAGCAAGUGCUUAAGGAUCAGGUCGAGGUGUACUGUAGGGUGCGUCCCCCGAGCUUCCCUGAUCAGCAGUGCUGUGUGGAGGUGCUCAAUAGUACAACGGUGCAGCUCCACACUCCUGAGGGCUGUCGGCUCCAAAGUAAUGAAGGCUAUAAGCAGAUGAAAUAUAAUUUUACCAAUGUGUUUGAUAUGCAGUCCACCCAGAAGGAAAUCUUCUAUGUCAUAGCCAAUCCCUUAGUGGAUAACCUCAUUCAUGGCAAAAAUGGUUUUUAAGUCUAAUCACAGGAACAGCAUGGAGAUUCAGCCUGAAGUUGAUGCCUUGUUGGAACGGCAGAAAAGAGAAGCCAUGCCCAUUCCAAAGACCCACUCUAGCAAGAGACAAGCAGAGCCAGACCUUAAAAAUAUGUUAGAAGACUUCCAGGAAUUGGGCAAAGCAGAAAAUUUUGACGAGGACAGUGUCUAUGGAGUAUUCAUCUCGUACAUUGAAAUCUAUAAUGAUUACAUAUAUGAUCUACUGGAAGAAGUGCAGUUUGAUCCCAUAA